CGGCUAAUCUUACUGUACUCUGCGACUCUCAAGCUCGCGCUACUCGCUACAGAAUACAGAACGAUUCAUAGUCACUGCACACGCAAGCGCGGUAGGGUCCAAUCUUCCAAGCGAAUGGACUGCGGACAUUCUCAACCUUGACUCUACAAGAGCAGAGAAGUAGCGCAUCUACUAGCUCUUGCAACCGAUGAUCGGCAUGCCAGAGUCCUGCUCAAUGUCUUUGAUCCAAGCGUCUUCUCCGCGUCGUUCACAGAACCAGCUCGACAGCCUCGAGCUGACAUCGCAGCAGGUACAGCCAACAACGAACCGAUAGCUUCAUCCGACAGCGUCUCCACCUUUUCUGAUACACUACGCUGUGUCUGGCGCAUUCAGGAGGACGAUCCAGACCAAUUUGAACGCCUUGCACACGAUAUUCGCAUGAUGAAGUCACCAGCCCGAAUACCACGACGCGUGUCACAGGAUGAUUCCAACCGUACUGAGAUUCAGGCUGUCCAAUCGAUUUGCAAAGUGUUGUGUCUGUGGCUACCAAGCCCGUCAACCAACAUGCAGUGGAGUGCUAUCCUCAGCGCUGCUCGCCACUGCAGGGAUGCAAAUGAUUUUCUCAAGGAUGAGCAAGGCAAUACCAUCAGCUGGCAACAACGCGACAAUGCCGAGCUGAGAAAGGCAGUUCGUCAUCUUGAACGGGACUUUCCGUCGCUUGCUAGGCCACAAGCGAAGUAGAUCUCCAUAGCAAUCUAUCAGCAUGGUACCAAGAAUCUGCAAGUUGCCGUACGUGAUGACGCCCAACAAUCUACGCAACGGCUUCCUAUUGACUACAGCAGUCGCGGUACAAGAAAGGUCCGCUGGAGGCUGAGCAGCAGGAGAAUGGCGAUGAAAACGGCACACAGGCACGACAAGCACGUCGCAAUGCACAAGACCCACACUGCGAGCAAAACAACGACACGCAGGCACGACAAGCACUCCGCAACGCACCAAACAAAGGCGACGAGAGCGAUACAGGAACAGCUCAACCACGUCGAACGGUACACUACUUGUGCUCUCGCUGGUCUUGUAUUUUAUUGACUACUACGGGGCAAACGCAGCCGGCCAAAGACUGCCAAAGCUCAGCUGCUGUAGGCUGCAGCAAAUGACAGUGACACCAAACCGCCACUGCCAGCGAG